ACUCAGUUACCUUUUCUUUAAUGCAUCUUUGUGCUUGAAAAGCCAACCAUUUUUUUCUCUGUGUCAAAGCUCGAAGUCUUCACAGAGCAAUGGGGUUGUUGUGCAUACCCACGUGGCUCACAGCAACAGUUCAUAUGUUGUUCUUCAUUUAUUGUGCAUUCUGCAUUUCUCAAGCUCUUGGGGUCAGAACUUCGCAACAACCUCUUAAGUCUCUGCCAUUCAUUUGGCCUCUUCCUGCGAGAUUCAGCUAUGGCAAUGAGUCUCUUUCUGUUGAUCCUGCACUCUCUCUCUCUGGCAAUGGUGCUGCCUCUGCCUUUGUUCAAGCUGCUUUUGUUAGGUACAAAGGGAUUGUGUUCAAGAACAGUGACAGGUUUGGUUUUCUCAGAACACAAAGGGCUGCUUUUGAUGUUUCCAAAUUGAAGAUCACUGUGAAUUCAAACAGUGAGGAGCUUCAACUUGGAGUUGAUGAAAGCUAUAAUUUGUUCGUUUCAAGGGCUGAGGUGCAUUCUGGUGUUGGGGAAGUCACAAUUGAGGCAAAUACUGUUUUUGGUGCAUUGCGUGGAUUAGAGACGUUCAGCCAGUUGUGUUCUUUCGAUUACACAACUAAAACAGUACAAAUAUACAAGGCACCUUGGUCCAUCCGGGAUGAACCUAGAUUUCCAUACCGUGGGCUUAUGUUGGAUACAUCACGGCACUAUUUACCUGUUGAUGUAAUUAAGCAGAUAAUUGAAUCUAUGUCCUAUGCUAAACUUAAUGUUUUGCAUUGGCACAUUAUAGACGAGCAAUCAUUUCCUCUUGAAGUACCUACAUAUCCAAAUUUGUGGAAAGGUUCAUACACAAAGUGGGAACGUUACACAGUAGAGGAUGCAUAUGAUAUUGUCCACUUUGCCAAAAUGAGAGGCAUAAAUGUGAUGGCAGAAGUGGAUGUUCCUGGUCAUGCAGCAUCAUGGGGUGUUGGAUAUCCUGAUCUUUGGCCAUCACCCACCUGUAAGGAGCCACUUGAUGUUUCGAAGAAGUUUACUUUUGAUGUCCUUUCUGGUAUUCUAACAGAUAUGAGAAAAAUAUUCCCAUUUGAACUAUUUCACUUGGGUGGUGAUGAAGUGGAUACAGGUUGCUGGAGCAAUACUACUCAAGUGAAGAAAUGGCUUCAGAACCACAACAUGACUGCUAACGAUGCCUAUCAAUACUUUGUACUGAAGGCUCAAAACAUAGCUCUAUCAAAAAAUUGGAGUCCAGUAAACUGGGAGGAAACCUUCAAUACUUUCCCAACUAAGCUCCAUCCGAAGACUGUAGUGCAUAACUGGUUGGGUCCUGGUGUGUGUCCAAAGGCUGUUGCAAAAGGUUUCAGGUGUAUUUUCAGUAACCAAGGUGUAUGGUAUCUUGACCAUCUAGAUGUACCUUGGGAUGCUGUGUACACUGCUGAGCCACUAGAAGGUAUACAGAAAGCUUCAGAACAAAAACUUGUACUUGGAGGAGAAGUUUGCAUGUGGGGUGAAACAGCUGAUGCAUCAGAUGUUCAGCAAACAAUAUGGCCAAGAGCUGCAGCAGCAGCAGAACGGUUAUGGAGUCAGAGAGAUUCUAUUUCAAGAAACAUUAACAUAACUGCAUUGCCUCGGUUGCAAUACUUCAGAUGUCUCUUGAAUAGAAGGGGGGUUCCUGCUGCUCCUGUCAAUAAUUUUUAUGCUAGAACUGCUCCUGAUGGUCCAGGCUCAUGCUUUGAGCAAUAAUCCUGCAGUAUGCCUCAUCUGUCUACGUCUAGAGUGUGGUGAAUGU